AUGUCCGCCCGACAAGAUUUGAGUGGCAUCGAGCCUGAAGGCCCACCCACUGCUGACUCUGCCGGCGGUCGGUCAUGCGAGUUUCCUGGAACGAAGGACAAUGCUUCUGCCAGUCGUUACUAUGUGACAUCUUUCGAAGCACGAUGCCAACAGAUGGACGCACUGUGUCAACGGCUGGAAGUGCUCACUGGGCAACUAUCACAGUCUAUCGGCGCCCUCAGCCAACAAUCACCUGCGCCAGCGAACCACAAUCAGCCUUCUGACAGUGUCUCAGCAGCUGAAAUAAUUAAGUCAUUACCAGAACUUGCUGCAUUGUUAUCUCAAGCAACCGCAUAUCCUCGACAGGAAUCCGGAGCGACUGCAAAUCCAAAUUCAUACGCAUGCGUUGCUGAAUUGAAUGUCAACACAGGCGUAAUAGACGAUGAAUCCGAAACGAGUUCAUCCAACAGCGAGGAUGAUAAUGAUGUUUUUACUCCAGGAGUCAGUACCUUCAGUUUGACAAAAUCGGCCGCCGAGAAUCUCGGCCAAGCAGGCGCCUUAGUACGAGAUUCCUACGGCCGCCCACGUUUUGUGGGUGGUGCAGCGAAUAAUCUUAUCGUUGAGGCCGCAAGAAACCUCCUGCCGAAUUUGGCGACAGCCACGCCAUCUUCUACAGGAGCCAGUCACGAAACGCUAAACCUACGAGACCUUGAGAUACCUUCAUUUGUUCGUGGAAAACUCUGGCCUCCUCUUCCGUACAUACCUGCACCGGAAAGCCUGCCUCGCCCGCCGCAAUAUGUCUCUGACCUGCUUGUGAGCCUAUACUUCGACAAGCUCCACUACAUAUUCCCUAUUCUCAUCAAGCCUCACUUUAUGAAUCGUUAUCAGAAGCUUCUGAGAGCCGGGCCAGAUUCUUCUUCACCUAAGAGAGGAAGGUUUCUUAUGGUUUUCUUCGCCGUGUGUGCGUGUGCGUCAGGGCUAUUACCGUCUAACUUGGAGAGCGGGCUACCCGGUAUCGAUUUUUACCAAAAGGCCCUUCUCAUCUUGUCUGCAUCAACGGGAGAGUCCUCCAUUGAGAAAGUUCAGUGUCUUGGACUUUUGUCGAUGUGCUCGGCUGGGUGGAAUACUGUGUCUCAAAGUUGGAAUUUAGCCGGACAAGCCGUGAGGGCGGCAAUCGACAUGGGGCUACACGUUAGUGGUCACUCCGUAAGACUUCCUUUCCGUUUGUUUAUCGAUAGCCUGCUGAUCGAAAAGAACGCUGUCGUAAAUCAGCAGUCACCUCUUCAUAUGAAAUCUAAGGAUUUUUCUCUUCGGGAGCAGUCUCGCAGAGUGUGGUGGUGUGUAUACACGCUGGACAGGUACUGUAACUCCAGUAUCAUUACAUCCUAG